AUGAGGUUCCUCCUCCUUCUCUACCACACGAUUUCCCUCGCUUGCCUUUGCAUCGCACAAUCGCCAAUCGUCCCCGGAGCAUACAUCCUCGAACUCAACCCCAUAAUCGACUUCUCAAAACAUCCAUUCCGUACAACCAAUCUCCAUGUUCAGGAGUUUCGUAACGCGGCAACAGCCGCCAAUAUCCAUUACAACGUUCGAUACGAAUUCAACAAUCCUGAUAUUUUCCUGGGACUGUCGAUACAAGUGACGGAUACUGGGAAGAGCGAUGCAGAGAUGAGACGAUUGUUGAACGCUAUCCCUGGAGUAGUUUCCGUCUCUCCUGUUGAAGUUAUUGAGGCCUCUCAACCGCCGGGUGAAGAUGAAGCUUUUACCUUGUCUAAUUCACAGACUCUUGCCUUUGAAGACGAUCCCGAGUUGUUAGGGCCGUUUACGGGAGGCGAUCUUUCUUCUAGUCUUCGAAUGGGUGGCAUUGAUAAGCUACAUAAGCUUGGUAUCAAAGGGAAGGGAAUAAAAAUUGGAAUAAUUGACAGUGGCAUCGAUUAUCGGCAUCCUGCUUUGGGUGGCAAGUUUGGACCAGGAAACAAAAUCGCUGGAGGUUAUGCAUUCGCCAACGACAGAGGAGCCCCCGUCAUGGAGGAAGACCCAUUGACAACGUGUUAUGCUGGUGGUCAUGGAACUCACGUAGCAGGUAAUUUAUGCCUCACAUCAUGCAAUCUUACAUGCAUUCCGCUGACUUAUAUUGUUCAAGGUAUCAUCGGGAUGGAAAGUGGAUCUCGAGGAUUCGAUAUCGAAGGUGUUGCUCCCGAAGCGACGAUCUUCAUGUAUCGAGUAACGGGUUGUGGUAGCGGGGGUUCUACAGAUGCCCUUAUAAAGGUAUUCACGAAGGCUUUCGAGGAUGGCGUUGACAUCGUUAGUAUAUCGAUGGGAUUGUUAACUAGAAACGACCCGUACCAAAAGGUUACGGACCGUCUCACAGAAGCUGGAGUAUUUGUCGUUGUUUCUCUUGGGAACGAUGCCGCGGCGGAUCCUCGACAAGAACAUCUCUACACGGGGGCCACUCCAGCUAUAGAGUCGAACGUCGUCGCAGUCGGCUCCGUAGUCAAUAGCCAUUUUCCCACGGUCUAUUCAGCCAAUGACUCUGUGAACAACAUUCGAUACGCAUCAGUCUAUCCCGUGAACCUUACCGAAGAGGCAGAUGUUUACAUUUUGGAAGAUCCAUGUAACCGCAAGCAAUUGGAAGAAGCCGAGAGAAUUAGAGCUUCAAAUAUGGCAAACACAAUUUUUGCAACCCCUAGAAUUCAAGGAGUAAGGACGUGCUUGUUUUCAUUUGGAUCCAAGGAGCCAGGGAUUCAGUAUAUCAUGCUACUGAUGCCAGAAUCUCAGAACAUCUUCAACACUUCAAGAGCCGAUCCUUAUUCCGCCUCGUAUCCCGCAGAAUUGAGCACCGGAAACCCUCAAUUUUUGUUCGUGGACGCAGCAGAUUCAGCAAAACUACUCCAAACAUAUAAAAGUUUCGGAGGUCACCAGAAGUAUAAGCUUUCUUUCAAAGAUAAAACCUUAAGCAGCGUUCCUUAUCCAGCUGGAGGGCUAAUGGACUUCUAUUCGUCAUUCGGUCCAUCAGCGACGCGGUCUGGAGGUCUUUUACUCAAGCCUCAGCUCUCUGCUCCGGGUGGCGCUAUUUUAUCGACGACUCCAUUAGGACCACUGGGUGGUGGUUACGCCAUUUAUCAGGGAACUUCUAUGGCAACGCCAUACAUUUCUGGGUGCCUUGCGCUCUUGAAAUCUCAAUUCCUAAACGAAACGCAGUUCGAGCUUCUCUCGCGUCUCCAAGUAACCUCUGCUCCCGUCCAGUGGGCCUACAACGCCUCAAUGUUGGCCGGUACUAUGCAGCAAGGUGCCGGAUUAGUAAACGCUUACGAUGCAAUAUUCUCGACAACCAGGAUUUCACCCAGCCAGCUGAAUAUUGAAGACGACAAGACAAGAAAUAUCAGAAUAACAGAGAUCAGGAUAGAGAAUACCUCAAACCGGUCACAACAAUAUGUCUUCUCGCAUACAGGUGCUGGUUUCAUGUACAAGAGUUUGUACAACAAUGAGCUGAACCAGAUGCCAAUUUUUGGCAAAGUUAAAUUCGACCUGAAAAAUGUUACGCUGCCCUCUUUGACGUCGGCUGUCAUCAGUCUUACUAUUUCACCACCAAGAAAUACCACGCAUGAGGGAUUGUACAGUGGAUUCGUCAAGAUAAUUAGUAAAACUGUAAAUCAGACCUUCAGUAUUCCGUAUGUUGGAAGGGUUAAUAGUGCGAAGUGUUGCUGA